CCCCGGAUAGAUGGUAUCCAACGCUUCCUAAUCCGGAUCAUUUUAACCUGGAAGUUCAAUUUUAACUAUGACGACUACUUUGAAUUUACAAGAUCAAUGGAUGUGUCAAUAGGCACUUCAGGAACCUUACACAACGCCUGAAGUGUACGCGUGCACUGGACCGACGGAGCUAUAAAAGAGCUUGUGACCAAAACAAAGCUGAAUCUUGACAGUGAAAGCCGUUAGAAGGCCGUCUGCGGACUGUCUCGCGCCUCUCCCGGGGGCUAAACACGCAGGCCUGUCCGGCGGCAGCUGCACAGAUGCCCGGUGGAAGAUGGGAACGUCGCAACAGCUAGAUAUGGAGGUGAUGACCCCGCUUAUUGAGGCUCCGGGCGAGGGUGCGGAUGAGAACACUGAUGAGGACCAGGACCCAGAGCUGCUGUCUCUCAGACAGUACAAACCGGGCAGCGAGGAGGGCAUCACGUUCAGCCAAGCGCUCAUCCACCUUCUGAAGGGCAACAUUGGGACUGGUCUGCUGGGCCUUCCUCUGGCUGUGCGCAAUGCAGGCAUCAUUGUGGGGCCCAUUUGCCUUCUGUUGAUGGGUGUGGUCUGCGUUCACUGUAUGCACAUCCUGGUCCACUGCAGUCACCAUCUGUGUGAGAGGUAAAGGAUUUACCUACUUGUUAUUACAUCAUGCAUAUCAGCUAGCCAGACAGUCAGAUAGACAGCCAGCCAGUCAAACGGCUUAUUUUCUUGUUAAACCCAAUGGAUGCACCCUGCAGGACUUCAGAUCCCCUCUAGGGGGCACACACCCAAAGACAAACA